CCACGUGCUGGGGAGGGGGGGGGCGACAGGGAAACAAUGAGGCCUUUUGGUGAUUGUACAGGAUCCACCCUCAGCUUCCCAGUGUGUCCCCUCUGCGGGCUGGAUCCGGGUGGCUGCUUGGGGGUGGGGCAGGGGGCCCUGAAUGGGCCCCUUGUCUCAGCCCUGGGUGUGGGCCAGGCUUCCCGGGCACACAGUGCCCUCGCCAGGCCUGGCCAGCCUCUGUGGCUUCCACCCCCAGCUGGCUGAGGAUGGGGCCCAGUGAGGGAGCAGGCCCCUCCCAGACAGCCUCAGCUGGGCGCCUGGCCAGGCAGAAGCAGCAGAUAGGGGUAAGGACCCCAUCUAGUGGGGAAGUGGGGGAAAGCAGCUGCCUCAGCUCACGAGGGCCCUGUCCCCAGCCUGGAGAGGGCCUGUAGAAGGCUGGGUGCUGGAGGCUGACCCUGUGGCUCCCGAUAUUUAUGACCUUGGGCAGGUUCUCUGGUUUCUUCGAAUCCCAGCUUCCUCGUGGGUAAAAGGGCACUGACAGUCAUACCCACCUGAGGGCUGCCGUGAGAAUUAUAGGACACCAUACACAGAAAACGCCCAGCGAGUCCCAGCGCUCCGUAAAUGUUAGUUUCCCUUUCGUGUCUUGGCGGGAAGAAGGGCUAAGGGUUCAGAGAUUGGCUCUGGGCUCUUGGAAGGGCCUCGGGGGUUGGGGUCAAGGUCAGGCAGGCUCUCACAAUGGGCUGGAACUCUCCCUCACUCUGGGUUCUCAUCCACUUUGACUCCUCUCCCUGUCCCAGGGAGGGGAGGGAAGGCCUAGGACGAAUUGUCAGGGGGAGCUUAACCCCUAGAUUCCUUAUUUAUUUCUUCACUGCUGCAUUUGAAGUUCCUGAGAGACCUCUUAGGUGGCAGCCACUGGCCUGCAGCUUGCCCCCCACACCCUCCCCCCCCCCCCCAUGCCAAAUGCUGGUUUUGCCCCCUACUUGGGACUUGUAAAUUGGGAGAAAUGGCUAUCAGAAGACUCUUCCAGUGGGUUUGGCGAAAGAUUACUUCCUUGGUGUUUUUCUGGAAACACAGAGCUAAGUCAACCAUUGUGGAACACCCUGACUCCAAGAAAUCUGCGUUGAAGAUGGAGAAGGCUUCCAGUGUGGUUGAGACUUGCAUGUUGGUUGAGCCCCUUAAAGAGGCUAAAGUCUGCAGGAUGGGAGUGUUCUCCAAGGUGGCUGAUCCCUGCACAUUGGCCAAGACAACAGAUGGGGCUAAAGUAGAGCUGGAUCGUGGGAGCCGGUCCCUGUUGCAGCUGCCCCGGACGGCUGCCAAGUCUGUCUCCACACUCAUGGUCUCGGCUUUCCAGUCUGGCUGGCAAAUGUGCAGCUGGAAGUCAUCAGAAAGAAUACAGAACUCCUAUAUAUCUUUCACCCAAUUUUCCCCAAUGGUACCAUCUUUCAAAACUAUAGUACAACAUCACCACCAAGAAAUUGAAAUUGAUGCAAUCUACCGACAUUAUGCAGAUUUCACCUGUUUUACAUUUACUUAUUGUGUGUGUGCGUGUGUGUGUAUUUAAUUCCAUGCAGGUUUUUGAUGUGUUGAUUCAUGUGAUCACUACCACAGUCAAGAUGCAAAACAGAUCACAGCGACAUCUCCUGCUACCCUUCUACAGCCUUAGCCACCUCUCUCUCUCCCCUCUGUAACCUCU